AUGUCUGUAGCUAUCAGGAAGAGAAGCUGGGAAGAACAUGUGACCCAAUGGAUGGGACAGUCUUUCAGUUCUGAUGAUCAUAACACAGCAUGUCAUCAUGGACUCGUAGCUGACAGCCUGCAGGCAAGCAUGGAAAAAGAUGCAACUCUAAAUGCGGACCACAAGGAGAAGUGUGUCUCCCUACCGGAUUGCUGCCAUGCAUCAGAGCUGAGAGAUUUUCCUGGGAGGCCAAUGGGUCACAUUUCAAAGGAGGUGGAUGAAAGUGACAGCCAGGAAGGUGAAGAUCAGUUUCUGUCUCUGGAAGCCAGCACGGAAACCCUAGUGCAUGUUUCUGAUGAGGAUACCGAUUCUGAUCCAUGUUUUACAGAGGAUAAACAGAUCCUAACGUCCCACGGGCACGAAACCUCAGACCAGCACAGCGUCCAAGGAGCGGGCUCCUUAGUCCAGACGCUGCCUACCACGGAAAGAAACCAAGAUUCUUACAACUCCUGGGGAGUGGCUGGCAGAGCUGAAUUGGCCCUCGUGGAAGCAAGUGGGGCGAGGAAAGUGAUUGACAUUAUAAGUAAAAGCCUGGAGCUUUGUAAGGAUAUAAGCUUAAGUGAAAUAAAAGAUGCGUCCCAAACACAUGGAUGUGAGUCAUUGAAUGUGAAGGACAUCGUGCCUGAGAAGCAAUUGUUUAAUUCUGCUGUGAUUGCUCAGCAACGAAGGAAACCUGACUUCCCCAAGGAGGAGCAUGAAAGAAACACCUGCUGUGCGGUGCAAGAUGAGUUUUCCACUGGACCCUGCGCAGACAGAGGACUGCUGUUAUCAAAAGCAGAUACUGAGGGCUGCCUUCUGCAGCCUCCUUCCUGCCCUGGUGGAAUGUCCGCAGAAAAUGGUCUGCAGAAGGGUGGCUUCUCAGAACAUCAAAACAAACAUCUUCCAAAGGUCAGCUCGGGAGAUGGCAUGCGGUGUUUACACUCCAAGGAACCUCUGACCACCCAGGAACCCACAGAGAAUCAAGUCAGACUUCGAAAGAGAAGGGAAAGGAAAGAAGACCAAGAUAGGGCGCGGCUGGAUUCCAUGGUGCUGCUCAUUAUGAAACUGGACCAGCUUGACCAGGACAUUGAGAAUGCUCUCAGCGCCAGCUCCUCUACAUCCAGUACACCCACCAACCUGCGGCGGCACGUUCCUGACCUGGAGUCGGGAUCUGAGAGUGGAGCAGAUACCAUUUCAGUAAAUCAGACACCAACACAUUUGUCUUCUAACACCGAGUCCACUGACCUGCCAUCUGCCACCCCAGUGACCAAUUCUGGAACCAAGCCCAAGUCUUCCACGGCUCUCCCUGGUAUUUCAGAGAAGGAAAUGGCUGAAAUUGAAGCCAAAGAAGCUUGUGAUUGGCUACGGGCAACGGGUUUCCCCCAGUAUGCACAGCUUUAUGAAGAUCUCCUGUUCCCUAUCGAUAUUUCCUUGGUCAAGAGAGAGCAUGACUUUUUGGACAGAGACGCCAUCGAGGCUCUAUGCAGGCGUCUAAACACUUUAAACAAAUGUGCGGUGAUGAAACUGGAAAUCAGUCCUCAUCGGAAAAGAAGCGAGGACUCGGACGAGGAUGAGCCUUGCGCCAUCAGCGGCAAGUGGACCUUCCAGAGGGACAGCAAGCGGUGGUCCCGGCUGGACGAGUUCGACGUCUUCUCCCCAAAGCAGGACCCGGUCCCGGGGUCCCCCGAGGAGGCUCCCCGCCUGCAGGGCGCCCCGAGCCACGAGAGCAUGCUGACGGACCUCAGCGAGCGCCAGGACGCGGCCUCCGUCCGCAGCCUCAGCAGCACCGGCAGCCUCCCCGCCCACGUGGCCCACGGCAGCGGCGGGGACACGGCCACGGCCACGCCCCGGACCGACUCGGUCCUCAGCGUCUGCUCCUCCUCCGCCGGCCACGGGGGCCACGGGGGCCACGGCCCCUUCGCGGGCCACCACGACGACGACUCCUUCUGCAGCCUGCCCUCCCCCAAGGAGCUGUCCAGCUUCAGCUUCGGCACGAAGGGCCCCGAGAAGGCGGCCGCCAAGACGUCCAAGGCGCGCAGCCUGCUGAAGCGCAUGGAGAGCCUCAAGCUGCGGGGCUCCCAGCACGGCAAGCACAAGGCGGCGGCGGCGGCGGCGGCGGCGGCGGCCCCCUGCAACAAGCUGGGGCUCCUCAUCAGCGGGCCCGUCCUGCAGGAGGGCCUGGACGAGGACAAGCUGCGGCGGCUCCACUGCGUGGAGAUCGCCGCGCUGCACGGCAACCACAUCCACGUGCCCGCCGCGCGCAAGAGGAGCGUGUCCAACUCCACGCAGACCAGCAGCAGCAGCAGCCAGUCCGAGACCAGCAGCGCCGUGAGCACGCCCAGCCCCGUCACCCGCACCCGCAGCCUCAGCGCCUGCAACAAGCGCGGCGGCAUGUACCUGGAGGGCUUCGACCCCUUCCGCCCGCCCGCCUUCCCCGACGUGGCCGAGCGCAACCUCAGGAACCACCACCGCCGCCGCCGCGGCCGCGGCCCCGAGGAGGACGCCGUGUUCUACAUCCCCGAGGACCACAAGCCCGGCACCUUCCCCAAGGCCCUCUCCCACGGCAGCUUCUCCCCUGCGGGGAAUGACGGCGGCUCCGUGGUCAACUGGAGGACGGGGAGCUUCCACGGGCCGGGCCACGUCAGCCUGCGGAGGGAGCACAGCGGCGGCGGAGGAGGCGGCGGCGGCGGCGACGGCCCCAAGGAGCUGAGGCGGCGCAACUCCUCCAGCUCCGUGAGCAGCCGCCUGAGCAUCUACGACAACGUGCCCGGCUCCAUCCUGUACUCCAGCUCGGGCGACCUGGCCGACCUGGAGCACGAGGACAUCUUCCCCGAGCUGGACGACAUCCUGUACCACGUGAACGGCAUGCAGAGGAUCGUGAACCAGUGGUCGGAGAAGUUCUCGGACGAGGGGGACUCGGACUCGGCCCUGGACUCCGUGUCGCCGUGCCCGUCCUCCCCGAAGCAGAUCCACCUGGACGUGGACCACGACCGCGCCACGCCCAGCGACCUGGACAGCACCGGCAACUCGCUGAACGAGCCCGAGGAGCCCACCGACGUCCCCGAGAGGAGGGACUCCGGGGUGGGCGCCUCCCUGACGAGGUCCAACAGGCACCGGCUGCGGUGGCACAGCUUCCAGAGCUCGCACCGGCCCAGCCUCAACUCGGUGUCGCUGCAGAUCAACUGCCAGUCCGUGGCCCAGAUGAACCUGCUGCAGAAGUACUCGCUCCUGAAGCUCACGGCCCUGCUGGAAAAGUACACGCCCUCCAACAAGCACGGCUUCAGCUGGGCCGUGCCCAAGUUCAUGAAGAGGAUCAAGGUUCCCGACUACAAGGACCGGAACGUGUUCGGCGUCCCCCUGACCGUCAACGUGCAGCGCUCGGGCCAGCCCCUGCCCCAGAGCAUCCAGCAGGCCAUGCGCUACCUCCGAAACCACUGUCUGGACCAGGUUGGGCUCUUCAGGAAGUCGGGCGUCAAGUCCCGGAUCCAGGCCCUGCGCCAGAUGAACGAGAGUGCCGUCGACUAUGUCAGCUACGAGGGGCAGUCCGCUUACGACGUGGCCGACAUGUUGAAGCAGUAUUUCCGAGAUCUCCCGGAGCCGCUCAUGACGAACAAACUCUCGGAAACCUUCCUGCAGAUCUACCAGUAUGUGCCCAAGGACCAGCGCCUGCAGGCCAUCAAGGCGGCCAUCAUGCUGCUGCCAGACGAGAACCGGGAGGUGCUGCAGACGCUGCUGUACUUCCUGAGCGACGUGACGGCCGCGGUGAAGGAGAACCAGAUGACGCCCACCAACCUGGCCGUGUGCCUGGCGCCCUCGCUCUUCCACCUCAACACCCUGAAGCGGGAGAACUCCUCCCCCAGGGUAAUGCAAAGAAAACAGAGCUUGGGCAAACCAGAUCAGAAAGAUUUGAAUGAAAACCUCGCUGCCACUCAAGGGCUGGCCCAUAUGAUUGCUGAGUGCAAGAAGCUUUUCCAGGUUCCCGAGGAAAUGAGCCGAUGCCGCAACUCCUACACCGAGCAAGAGCUGAAGCCCCUCACUCUCGAAGCGUUGGGACGCCUCUGCACCGACGAGUCCGCCGACUACCAGCACUUCCUGCAGGACUGCGUGGACAGCCUGUUCAAGGAGGUCAAAGACAAGUUCAAAGGCUGGGUCAGCUGCUCCACGUCCGAGCAGGCCGAGCUGUCCUAUAAGAAGGUGAGCGAAGGGCCCCCUCUGAGGCUUUGGCGGUCGACCAUCGAAGUCCCCGCGACGCCCGAGGAGGUCUUGAAGCGCCUUCUGAAAGAGCAGCACCUCUGGGACGUAGACCUGUUAGACUCCAAAGUGAUCGAGAUCCUGGACAGCCAGACUGAGGUUUACCAGUAUGUCCAGAACAGCAUGGCGCCCCAUCCUGCUCGGGACUACGUCGUUCUGAGGACAUGGAGGACUAACUUGCCCAAGGGGGCAUGUGCCCUUUUAUUCACGUCCGUGGAUCAUGACCGGGCACCCGUGGUGGGGGUGAGGGUCAACGUGCUCCUGUCCCGGUAUCUGAUCGAACCCUGCGGGUCAGGGAAAUCCAAACUCACCUACAUGUGCAGGGCUGACUUAAGGGGCCACAUGCCAGAGUGGUACACGAAAUCUUUCGGACAUUUGUGCGCAGCCGAGGUCGUCAAGAUCCGAGACUCGUUCUGCCACCAGCACGCCGAAAGCAAGGACACCAAGUCCAGGUGA